GCAGCUACUCCCACAUGGAGGCAAAUUUAAUAAGUAUAGUUUUUUUUUGCUUUGAUUAAACGCCGGCAGAUCUUUAAGGCGUCAGCACCUCCACCAGCCGCACUGAAUCUCAUCUAUCUACGCUGAGUAGAUCCUAACAUGACUGUUUGACGCUUGCCGACGAUUUAUUAAGGAUCCAGCUGAGCUAUUUCUAGUCGACCGUAACUAAAAACUAAUGGCCACAUCGGACUUUGUACUGGGUGGCUUGGCCUCAGUGGGCGCCACAUUCUUCACGAACCCCAUCGAGGUGAUUAAGACGCGCAUCCAGCUACAGGGCGAACUGGCCGCCAGGGGCUCCUAUGUGGAGCCCUACAAGGGAGUCCUGCAGGCAUUCAUCACAGUUGCCAAAAAUGAUGGCAUCAAGGGCCUCCAAAAGGGCCUGGCUCCCGCCCUCUAUUUUCAGUUCAUAAUCAACUCCUUCAGGCUGAGCAUUUACACAACUGCCAUGGAGAAGCAUUGGAUGCACAACAGGCAUGGCGAGGUCUCCUUUGGAUUGGGCCUCUGCUGGGGCGCCCUUGGCGGCAUUGUCGGCAGCUAUUGCUCUAGUCCGUUUUUUAUGAUCAAGACACAGCUGCAGUCGCAGGCAGCCAAGGAGAUUGCUGUUGGCCAUCAACACGCCCACAAAUCGAUGAGCAGUGCGCUGCGAGAGAUCUAUGGCAAAAGUGGCAUCGUUGGCCUCUGGCGAGGAUCACUGUCGGCGCUGCCACGUGCUGCUAUUGGCUCCGGUGCCCAGAUAGCCACUUUUGGCAAGACGAAGACAAUGCUUGUGGAAUACGAUCUGGUGACGCAGCCGACCCUCAACUCGUUCAGCUCGGGUUUGAUUGCGGGCUCGUUGAUGUCGGUGGCCAUCACGCCGCCGGAUGUGAUAAGUACCCGUCUAUACAAUCAGGGCGUGGAUGCGCAGGGUCGUGGGCUCUACUACAGUGGGUAUCUGGAUUGUUGCGUCAAGAUCCUGCGCACCGAGGGCAUCUAUGGUAUGUACAAGGGUUUCUGGGCCAACUAUUUGCGCAUCGCUCCGCACUCGACUCUGGUCUUGCUGUUCUUUGACGAACUGAUCGCGGUGCGGGAAAAAUACAAUCUUCGCUUCUGAUUGCAAUGUACUCCAGUAUGAGUGCUGUGUGCUAGUCUUCUUUGUCUUAAUUUAAGUACAAAUUUCUUUAAAUAGUUGUUACUAGAUUUGUUAACAAAUAAAAACCUGCCCAAAGAGUUUUCCAUUCCCCAAUUCCUCAAAUGCUUCCUAUAAAUGUGCCUUAACGUGUAAUUUUGUAACGUAUGGUUAAGAUUUGAGAGCUGGAAUAUCCACAAACAAAUAUUGAAACAAAUAGCGUUUAUUUUGCUCAAAUCGAAACUUCAAAUUCCCAUUUUGCAAAGCUAGAAAAGUAGACCUGUAGUACGUAAAUAUAACUGUGCAAUACUUUUAUUUAAUAAAAUGCGUUAUUUUGUUUGUAUUUUA